UAUUCUUAAGAAAAUUGUAAAAUCAAUCAAAUGAAGAAAAUUAACCAAUCUUAAUAUUAAUAAAUUCAAAGCCGAUAUUCUCUCCCUCUCACAGGGUGUGUCAACAUGAAAACUACAAAACCAGCCGCAAUUAAAAAGACGCCGGUGGGAAGGAAACCUGCCGCUGUCAAAGCCGCUACUGAUUCUGCCAACGAGGAAUCACCGGUUCCAAAAACUCCACCCAACGCCAAGCAGACACAAAAUAACGACAUGACACCGUCGCCAAUUGCCGGUUCUGCUUCGAAACUUGAACAAUCAUCAGUUGAUGGAAAAAAUAUAGAAACGGAUGUGAGUAUGGUGACACUGGAAACUACAAAACCUCUUCCGAUUAAGAAGAAGGUUGUGAGGAGAGUGAUCAAGGUAGUGAAGAAAACCCCUGCUAAUGCAAAAGCUCUUUUGGAGCAAACCUCGACAACUGUGGUUGCUGCGAAGUCUAAUGUUGAAGAAAGGGAAAAGGAGGAGGAACUUGCUGUUGAUAAUGUUGGAGAAUCUAUAAAGAAGGAAGGAGUUGCAAUGGGAGUGGAAGAAUCUAAGGAGGAAAGUGUGGAAGAACCUGUAGUCGAUUCUAGGAAGGAGGUUGAAGCGGUUAAUGUUAGGGUUGGGGAGUCUGUUAAAAGGGAACGAACUGUGGUGGAUAUACCUGCUGAUGAGGUUGCGGAGGUAUCUAAGAAUGAAGAACCUAACAGAGUGGGAAAGGGGGUUAACGAGGGUGAGAAGAAAGACGUGGGCGAUGAAGUGGAGGCCAGAAAUGAGGCUGUUAAGAUGGAAGGAAGUAUGGAGGAACAGGUUCGAAGAGAAGAGACUCAACACGAGCAAGAUGAGUAUGGUGGUGAUGACGGUUAUGAGGAGUAUGGAGAUAGAGUGGACUUUGAAGAUCCUGUUGAGGAUGACUUUGAAGAUCCAGAUGAGCCUGUUGAAGAAGCUGAUGCAAUGGAAGAGGAACACAGAGAACUAACAGCUGUUGCAAAGGAGCGUAAGAUUAAGAAAGAAUAUGAGAUAUUUGUUGGUGGAUUGGAUAGGGAUGCUACAGAGGAGGAUUUGAGAAAGGUUUUUGAGAAGAUUGGUGAAGUAGUUGAAGUUCGAUUACACAAAAAUCUUUCAACAAAUAGGAAUAAGGGAUAUGCAUUUGUGAAAUAUGCAAACAAGGGGCAUGUGAAACGCGCUUUGUCUGAAAUGAAAAACCCUGUGAUUCGUGGAAAGCGAUGUGGGACAGCACCAAGUGAGGACAAUGAUACAUUGUUCUUGGGAAAUAUAUGCAACACAUGGACAAAGGAAGCUAUAAGACAAAAGUUGAAGGAUUAUGGCGUUGAAGGUGUUGAGAACAUCACUGUUGUACCAGAUGCUCAACAUGAAGGGAGAAGUCGUGGUUUUGCAUUUCUUGAGUUUGCUUGUCAUGCUGAUGCAAUGCUUGCAUACAAGAGGCUUCAGAAGCCUGAUGUUGUAUUUGGUCAUCCAGAGAGAACUGCCAAAGUGGCAUUUUCUGAACCUAUACGUGAGCCUGACCCUGAAAUUAUGGCUCAGGUGAAGACUAUAUUUCUUGAUGGCCUUCCUCCUCACUGGGAUGAAGACCAUGUUAGGGAUUGUGUGAAAGGUUAUGGGGAGAUUGUACGAAUUGUCCUGGCACGGAAUAUGUCAACCGCCAAGAGAAAGGAUUUUGGAUUCGUCGACUUCUCUACGCAUGAAGCUGCAGUCGCUUGUAUUGAAGGAAUAAAUAAUAGAGAAUUUGGAAAUGGUAACACAAAGAUGAGAGUUAAAGCGAGGCUGUCAAAUCCAUUGCCAAAAACUCAGGCUGUGAAAGGUGGAAUGUGUGGUGGCUUUCGAAUUGGUCAUUCUGGAAGUGGAAAUUAUUUAAGAUCUGGAAAGGGUUUUGGGCGGGGCGGGCAUCAUUCAAACUGGGUGAAUUUUCAACGUGGUAGGGGUUUCUAUCAACGAGAACGUGGUCAAACUAGUAGAAUGGGUCCCCGUGAGUAUGACUAUAAUGAUCGAUAUGACAUGCUUCCUGGGAGGCAAGGAGGAAGAAGGGGUUCUUUCAGAGGAGGUUAUCAAACAGCUACUAGAGGUAUGGCUGCUGGGCCAUCAAGAUCUAAUAUCAAUCGAGCUUGGCACGAGAUCCCUGAGCGAGGACAUAGGGGCUAUGUUUCUUCAAGGAGGCAACCAUUUUCUCCUGAAGAAUCCUUUGACAGACGUUUCAAUGGAAGGCACUUUGAUGACCCCUAUUUUUAUGAUGAUGGUUCACAUGGGAUGAAACGAUCAUUUUACAUGACUGAUCAAGAUCCUGAUUACAUGGAACCCAGUAGGCUCCGACCCCGGUUAGAUUUCGCUGAUCCCCGAGUAGAUUAUGCUGAUCCGGCAGCUUCAUUUCGUGGGAUACAUUAUCGCGAUACCUAUGGAGCAGGCAGUGAUCCCUACUUUCAUGAAUAUCGUGGUUCUGAUUACGAUCCAUAUCCACCUUACUAUGGGAGGGACCACUCAUAUGGAGGUGGUUACCACUAUUAGGCACAAGCAAAUCUGGUGGGCUUGGAAAAGCAGGAUGCUAAUCAUUGGUGAUAGGCAAAUGGCUUGCUGUUCUGAAAGUAGUUGAAGCUGCCUUUCAUUUAUCUUUUUGAUGUCUUGUAUUUUUCCUCAUGAUUCCCUUACUCCAAUAUUCUCUCCCUAUGAAAUUUUGGGUGCAGUGUCCAGAGAGUUUGUGUCUAGUUUAGGGUAUGUCUUCAAAGGACAUAGAUUAAGCAAGUGAAUUCUCUCUAUAUUUUGGAGAUUGGAAUAGGCAUUUUCCCCUUUGAUCUAGGUAUGAACUACUUGAGGAUUUACAUCAUGGAUUGCAUUAUGGAUUAUUCUAAAGUAAAGUUUUUGGUUAUGUGUUUAUGUUCCUGAAUCAUGGAUUGAAUAUUGAUGUUGAUGGAAGCCAAAACAUAACAGAUUGGUGACAAUGGUUUAUGGAAGUGCAAAGUUUAAAGUCAGUUUUUCUUAUAGUCAUGGAGGUGAAGUUAAUACUGAGCAUACUGGUUCUGGCUUCGUGGAGAUUCCUUAAAAAUUUUGCAAGAGAAACGGAAGGUUUAGACCUUCUAUGCCCACAUGGGAAUUAUAAAUCUGAAAUGCACCGUCUCGUGUGAGUUUAUUUUGAAUUGGAAUGGAUUUUCACUCUAUUAAAAUUAAUGGUUACUUUAGUAUGCAUAUGACUGGUUCACCUGGAUAUUUUGGCUGGUCGUUCAAAAUUUAUGCACCUAUUGCUGAAGCACAACUGUUGGGAAUUGCAUUUUAUUUAAUGGUGCAUUGCCCCCAAGUGAAAUUGAGAUUUUGAACACCUUUCAUUUAAUUAUUUCUUAUGAGGAGAACUAGCAAUUGGCUUGGUCCAUAACAUAUUUUGAUUUUUCAGUAGCAUUAGCUUUUUAUGUAUUUUGAGAGUGAUCUUUAUGGUAUCUUUACAUAACAGAAUCAUUUGGUUUGGGUUGAGAUUGGAACUGACAGAUUUUGUGGUGAGAGAGACAGAUCUGUAUUUCAAGGUGAAUUGAUUCUUAGGUAAAAACUGUCUCUUAUUCUGAUUUUUACUUUGUACUAGCAUUGGAUUGAUGGAGAAAUGGCAUUGGUGUGCCUGCAAGGAAAUAUAUGUAUGCCUUUUAAACUUCA